UCAGAUCGUAGCCAGAAAGCAAUGGAGGCUGCUCUCGUGACCGUUGGCAUGGGGGUGAUGAAGCCGCUCCUGUCCAAGCUCUACAAGGUGCUGAAGGAAGAGAACAGCAAGCUCAAGGGCGUGCGCCGUCAGGUCGAAGGCACAAAAGAUGAGAUGAGCAGCAUGGAGGCGGCACUGGAGGCCCUAGCUGACGCCGAGCAGCUCGACCCUGAGAUGAGAUCUUGGAGGGACGAUGUCCGUGAGCUGUCCUAUGAUAUGGAGGACUGCGUAGAUGACUUCAUGUCUCGUGCUGACCACAAGCAUGAUGAGCCUAUGGGCUUCAAGUGGUUCUUUGACAAGCUGAAGAAGCUCAAACCUCGCCAUGAGAUUGCCGGCGAGAUCAAAAAGCUCAAGGCCCGGGCUAUUGAGGCAAGCAAGAGGCACAAGAGGUAUAAAAUUUACCCCCCAUCACCUGACUCUACCACCUGUGACAUUGAUCCCAGGCAGCACGCGCUUUACGUGGACGUCGGCAUCAACGAUCCUAAGGAGCAUAUCAUUGAGUGGUUCAAGAAUGAAGGUUCUUCUACGCAGCUUCGGGUGGUAUCAAUUGUUGGCCUCGGUGGUCUUGGUAAGACCACACUCGCAAGAGCGGUCUAUGGAUCUAUCGAAACCCAAUUCACGUGUACAGCUUUCGUGUCAGUUUCUCGAAAGCCUAACAUCAAAAAUGUUCUAAGAGACAUUGCUGAAAGAGUGGGGAUCGAGGAAAAUACUUCCAAUGAUAAUGUGCAACGACUUACUGAUAGACUGAGAAAGCACCUCCAAAACGAAAAGUACCUUGUUGUAAUUGAUGAUUUAUGGAGCACAAAAGCAUGGAAAACAAUCAGGGAUGCCUUACCGGAUAAUGAUCACAGAAGCAGAAUUAUCACAUCAACACGCAACCAUACAGUUGCCUCAUGUUGUUGUUUACAAGGCGAUUAUAUUUAUAAGAUGAAACCCCUCAGUUUUUCUGAGUCCAGAAAGUUAUUUCUUGAAAGAGCAUUUGGUUCUGAGGAUUUAUGCUACCCUCAUCUGAAAGAAGUAUGUAACAAGAUAUUGGAAAAAUGUGCGGGCUUGCCGUUGGCUAUUAUUUCCAUAUCUAGUUUGCUGGCAGAUGAACCUGCAAGAGAAGAAUGGGACAGGGCGCUAGCUGCUAUGGGUUCUUCACUUGCAGUGGAAGCUGGCGACAUGACAAAGAUAUUAUCACUGAGUUAUUUUGAUCUUCCUCACCCUAUGAGAACUUGUUUGUUGUAUUUGAGUGCAUACCCAGAAGAUCGUGUUAUCGAGAAAUGGAGUUUGAUACAAAAAUGGAUCGCUGAAGGAUUCAUCCAUGAACGACAAGGGUGGAGUACAUAUCAAGUAGGCGAGUAUUAUUUUAAUGAAUUGAUCAAUAGAAACUUGAUCAAACCAGCUAAUUUAGAGGACAAGGAGGAGUAUGGUCAGGUGUUGGCAUGCCAAGUUCAUGACAUCAUUCUUGAUUUCAUCACAUGCAAGGCCAAAGAAGAGAACUUCAUGACAUCAUUUGGUGAUGCGGAGCAGGGGAAGACACACAGGGUUCGAAGGCUCUCCCUAGUGAGCCGCAGUAAUGAUGAAAUGGCUACCGUGUCAGGGGAUCUCUCCCAUAAUCGAUCACUUGCUAUGUUUGGGUAUUUACCGCAGCAUUCUGCGUCUGAUUUUCCAGCUCUUGGUUUGUUGGAUUUCCCUGCUCUUUGUGUGUUAGACCUAGGAGAAUGUGAGGAUUUAGAAAACUUUCAUCUGGGAAAUGUUGAAAAGUUACUUCUUCUCAAGUACUUGCGUCUGGGAUCACGUUCAGAUUCAAUUACUGAGCUUCCAGAAGGAAUUGGGAAACUCAAGUACUUAGAAACACUGGACAUGCGUCGUCUCCGAGUUGGAAAACUGCCGUCAACUAUGACAAGGCUUCAAAGGUUGGUCCGUCUGUAUGGUGGCUUCGGACCUACUUGGUUAUGGAAUGGAACAAUUGGACAGCUGCAGAGCUUAGAAGAGCUAACAGAUGUGGAGAUCUUGGAAACCGAGGUAGGGAAGUUUCUGCAAGAACUCAGUCAGCUAACCAAGCUAAGGACGUUGAGUGUAUGUGUGCAAAGGACGAAAAAGGAGGACGCUGCAAGGUUUGCAGGAACAUUAAUAUCUUCGCACAAUAUUCAUCAUCUAUCUAUCAGACAGGACCAUCUGAAUGGAAUCCUGUUAGGACAGUGUAGAUACCCUGCUACAUUUGGUGCAUUCCGGCAGACAAGGUACGGUAACUUCUACAUUGAUCCGGAACUCCUGUCACUGGAAUCAUGGUGCCCUUCUAAUCCUAGUGCAUUCCGGAAGAUGUGCAUCCCUGACUAUUACAUUGACAAGGUUCCAAAUUGGAUGAGCUUGCUUGUAAAUCUCCGUGGAUUAGAGCUUUGUGUGUGCCGUAUUGGACCAGAAGACGUGGCGAUCCUUGGAGGAAUACCUGCUUUGGGUUUUCUGAAACUGGAGACUUUUUAUGGCAGAAAUGGAAGGAUCCUUGUCCGUGGGUUCAGAAGUUUGAAAUAUUUCAAGUUGAUCGUCAAGUAUUGUGGGACUGCAGUGGAGUUUCAAGAGGGAUCAAUGGCUAAGCUCGAGGUCCUCGAGCUUGAUAUCAAGGCGCAUGAGGUGACGUGCGUGAAUUAUGCUUCUGAUUUCGGCAUCCAGCACCUCUCCGCCCUCACCAAGGUGGAUCUCACUAUUUUUGGCUACAGUGGCUUUACGGAUGAAAUUCGCAGACUUAUCAAAACUGCUCUUGGGAAACUUGGCAACCGUCCCACUCUCUCAUAUUUUGAUGUGGCAGAUUUAUGUGAUCAUUUUGAGACGGCCUUCAAACAAAUUGCGGAAGAUGCCCCGUCUUCCUUUUUUGAUCGGAUACUCCAAUAUAUUAAUGAAGAUGCUCUGUCGCGCUUGAGGGUGCUGGAACAAAAGGUGCAACGGGCCCAUCACGAGGGCAGCGCUUAUGUGCUCUUCCGGAGGGUUCAGAUACUGGAGAAGGUGGUUCCGGAAGCGUGUCCACAGUAUUGCCUCGGUUUGUUUGUUGCUGUGGAGUUGAAACUGCGGCGGCGGGGCCCCGUGGUAUACGAUGACUGGCUGCAGGUGGCCUGUUCGACGAUCAUCCAUGGCGCCUACUGUGCCUGGUUUUGUUCUUCAGAGUUCUCUAUCAGAGUCAGAGUUGCGCUGCCUGGCCGCAGGUGGCUGAGUUUUAGCACAGAUUUUCAUACAGCUUCACGCGUCUGCUACGGUGUUGGUUGAGUCGACGUUCGCCUAUAGCGAAGUCGGAGUCAUUUGCUCAGAGUGUAGGGAGGGCAACGACGCCUCUAAGGGAAGAGUGAUGACAAUGACAUCUAUGUGCUGUCUUGC